AUGACGGCGAAGAAGAAUCAGCCUCUGCAGAAUGGAAGUGCCAAGGCAGUUGCUGUGGCUAACAACCUGGCCUGCCGGGGCUUGGACCACCUGGAGGAGAAGAUCCCUGCCCUCCAGUACCCUGUCGACAAGCUCGCAUCUGAACUGAAGGACACCAUCUCCUCCCCGCUCCAAAGUGCCAAAAGCACCAUUGGCAACUCCGUGGAUAAGAUCAUGGAGCUGGCGGCGGAAGGCUAUGAGGCCACCAAGAACACCGUGGAAACAACGGCAAGGUACACGAGGAGGAACUCGGUGAGCCAGAUGGCAGCCGCAGGGGUCGACACGGCCCUAGGAGGGCUGGAGAAGCUGAUGGAGUACCUACUGCCAGAGGAGGACGAAGAAGCAGAUCAGAAGCCCAGAGAGAAACGUGGGUCAGCAGUAAAGGUCUCCCAGCAGCAGCCCAGCGCUCCCAGUGCUCCCAGCGCUCCCAGUGCUCCCAGCGCUCCCAGCACCCUGGGCCGGAUUGGCGCCUUGGUUAGCACCGUCUCCCACCGCGCCUACCAGCAAACCACCCAAAGCCUCCAGCAUGCCAAGACCAAAGGGCAGGAGCUGGCCACCUGGAUCCCCAUCCUGGGCAGGCUGGCCAAGCCAAGCACACCCGAGGUGCCGCAGGUCCACGGUGAUGGGCAGAGCACCGCGGCCGGCUGGCUGAGCCGGAGGCAGAGCAGGGUGCCAGAGGAGAAGCAAGAGAAGGCAGGGAAGAAAGAUGACAACCACACCAAGGAGGUGGGCGACGGCCCCGGGCUGGUGGGCAGCGUGGCUCACAACCUGCAAACCGCCUGCGCCUCCGGCAUCUCCAGCGUGAAGAAGGUCCCAGCCGUGGCCUGGGAUGCGGCAGAGGGGUUGAUCCUCUUCACCCCGCGCAGGCUGUCCAAGGCCAUGGAGACGGUGGAUGCUCUCGGGGGGACCCUCGUCAGUGCCCCCAAGCAUCUGCUGGGUACCCUGUACAGCUACGUACCGCUCCGCAGGCAGUCGGUGAAGCAAGAGGAGGCAGCCGGGGGCAGCAAGCCCAGCCCAGAGACGGAGCAGAAGGAGGAGGACACUAAGCCAGCCGCCCCCUCCACAGAGGAGAAGUCCCAGCUGAGGGGUGACUGGCGGCUGUACCGCGGCCAUCACCCCCUCUCCUUCCUGGGGCUCGAGGACCCCCUCUUCCUGCGGCACAACCUCUACCGCAGCCCUGCCUUCGAGCCCGAGUGCCCGCUCCCCCAAAAAACCUACACCCCAGCCUUGAAGAAGGACUGA